AUGAACUUGGAGGUGCUGCAGUUGGAUACCAACCAGUUGAGUGGCUCCGUACCAGAGAACUUGUGCCGCGGUGGAUCUGUCCAAAACUCACAGCUGAGUGGCAACAACUUAAAUGGUUUUAUCCCCAUAAGUUUGAGAAAUUGCACAAGCUUAGUCAUAGUACGCCUUGAGAAAAACCAGUUCACUGGAAACAUAUCUGAGACCUUCGGUGUCUACCCCAACUUGUAUUAUAUCGAUAUGAGUUUCAACAAGUUCUAUGGAGAAAUCUCAACAAAUUGGGGAAGUUGCACGCGUUUAGUUGCUCUAAGGAUUGCUGGAAAUAACAUCACGGGUAACUUGCCUCCUGAGAUUGGAAACGCGAGUCAACUACAACAACUGGAUCUUUCUUCCAAUGGUUUAUUUGGCGAGAUUCCAAAAGAACUCGGGAAAUUGAAACUUCUACACCGACUCAGCCUAUACAACAAUAGUCUUACCGGUCCAAUUACUUUUUCUUUGGCUGAUUUGACUCACCUACAAGUAUUACUCCUCAACGACAAUCAACUUUCGGGACGGUGGCCAGUAGAAGGUUUCUCAAAUACCUCAUUGUUAGCAAUUAGUUUGUCCAACAACAAAUUUGAUGGUCCACUUCCACUUCCAUCACCCUUCACAGAGUUCUAUUUGACCGCAAAUAAUAAAAUAGCUGGGAAGAUCCCUUCAUCAAUAUGCAAUGCCACCUCCCUCUCAGUCCUUGUCUUGUCUAAUAAUAGCUUAGCCGGUAGCCUACCCGAGUGCUUAUUAAACUCUAAUUUAUCGGUUUUGAACUUGCAAAUGAAUAAUCUUUCAGGCACAAUCCCUGGAACAUUUUUGCCACAGAGUAGCUUGAGAACUCUAGACUUGAGUGAAAAUCAAUUUGAAGGCACAUUGCCACAAUCGCUUGUCAAUUGUAAAGACUCGGAAGUUCUAGAUUUCAGCAAUAAUAAGAUAGAGGAUAAGUUCCCGGCAUGGAUGGGAACACUGCCAGAGCUUAAAGUUCUUUCUUUGAGGUCCAACAAUUUGAAGGGUCAUUUGGAUUUUCCAAGGGUAGCUCAUCUCUUUACCAAGUUGCACAUUUUGGACCUCUCGAACAAUAACUUCGUUGGUCCUUUACCAGCCAAUUUGAUAGCGAAACUUCAAGUUAUUAUGAACAGACAAAAUGAUAAAGAGCCGCAAGACAAAUCUUUGUACAUGGAGGACUCAAAUCCGUUACUCUAUGAAGAUUCCGUGGAAGUGGUCAUGAAAGGAAAUAAGAUUCGGUUAGUGAGGAUCUUGACCAUCCUUACAUUUAUCGACCUAUCGCUCAACUCUUUUCAAGGGAACAUCCCAAAUGUUAUUGGACAUCUCCAUUCUCUCAUUGGGCUCAACCUUUCCCACAACCACCUCAUGGGUUCCAUUCCUUCAACCCUUGGAAAUUUGACUAACCUUGAAUGGCUAGAUUUAUCUUCAAACAAGCUUAGUGGGAGGAUUCCUAUAGAACUGGGAGAUUUGUCCUUCCUUGGGUGUUUGGACCUCUCAGAGAACCAACUCACAGGCCCCAUACCUCAAUACAAGCAUCUUAGCACAUUUACAAGCGACUCAUUUCGUGGAAACCUUGGCUUAUGUGGAACUCCAUUACAUAACACAUGCCCCGGUGAUGCUCAUCUUCCUCCACCACCACCACAAUCGUUCUUUCAGGAGGAUAGUACAAGAGAGCAGGUAGGUGGGUUUUAUAGGAAAGCAGUGGGGAUAGGCUAUGCAUCCGGAAUCGUGAUUGGAAUCUCUGUAGCAUACAUUUCAUGUGAAACUGGAAGACCCAAGUGGCUUGCGAGAAAAGUGAGAAGGAUGGAGAGAAGAGCCAAAUGGAUGAAGAAGCCAAAGCAGAAGGCCAUCAGAUUUCAUGGAGGCUGAUAAAACUGUUGGGAAGUGGUCCCUCUGAACUAUGUGCAAUGUAGAUCAAGGAAUAAAAUAUUUGUUAGAUUGAAAUGCA